GUAAUGCCUCUGUAGAGCACCAGAAAUUAGAUUAGACCCCUGAACAAUGCUGCUGCCUUCAACACUGAUCACUUUUGCUCUGGGAAUAUCCCUGCUAAAAACAUCCACAGCAAGUCCAAGCCAGAGUGUUCAAAAAUGGGAUGCAAAUGCAUGUGCAGUAGUUGUAUGUGGACCUGCUCAGAACGGAUUACCAGGCAGAGAUGGAAGAGAUGGGAAGGAAGGCCCUAAAGGAGAAAAGGGGAGUCAAGGAUUACAAGGAUUAAAGGGGUCACAAGGUCCCCCAGGAAAGAUGGGCCCUGCUGGAUUAGUAGGAGGGAAGGGCUCACCAGGAGAAAAAGGCACAAAAGGAGAUAUUGGAGCUAAAGGGUUACAAGGAAACUCAGGUUUACAGGGCCCCAAAGGGCAAAUUGGCUCUCCUGGGCUAAAAGGUGAUAAAGGUUCAGUAGGUGAAAAAGGAACAAAGGGAGACAGUGGACUAUCAGAAAUCAAUCUCCUUAAAAGACAAGUAAGUACUUUGGAAGGGCAGCUGAGAGCUCUGCAAAGCAGCUUCUCCAAGUACAAACAAGUUAUUAUGUUCCCGAAUGGCAGAAUUGUUGGUGAAAAGAUAUUCAUGACCAGUGGCUAUGAAGGCAACUUUGACAGUCUGAAACAACGGUGUUCCCAAGCUGGAGGCCAGCUUGCUUCUCCUCGGAAUGCCGCUGAGAAUGCUGCCAUCCAGCAGAUAGUUGUUUUGUACAACAAAUCAGUGUUUCUUGGGAUAAAUGAUAUUCAGACAGAGGGUCGUUUCAAGUAUCUAAAUGGAGAAAACAUUGUGUAUUCCAACUGGCAAACAGGGGAACCAAAUAAUGACAAAGGUAUUGAGGACUGUGUAGAAGUCCAUUCAAGCGGAAAGUGGAAUGACAAAUCCUGUGGAGAGAAACGGCUAAUUGUGUGUGAAUUUUAAACCACCUAUCAUAUUGACUUUGCUUCACUCGAUGGCAGUGACAUAUGAUGUAGUAUGUUAGAAUCAAAUAUCUACCAUUUUUAAAGGGACUUUGCAGGAAUAUAGGAUAUCAAAGUUUAAAACAAAAUCACCAGAUUCUGCUUGUUGUGCUAAACAAUGUUAGUUCAAGUAGAAAGUAGUUUUCCUUCAUGUACUGAGUCUGAUAAAAUCCAAAUAAGUAGAUGCAAUCCCAUGCAGAAGGAUACAUUGAUGGAUUAAUCUCCUAGGAAAUACAAGACAGAUUUGACAUUGUUCUCAUUGGCCAGAAGAAGUCACCUGUAUGGCUGGCUAACAUGCUUGGCAGUGCAUUCUCUUGCUUGGUUAACAUUUAUUAUUUAUUUUUCUAUUGCUGUACUCCAGAGACACUCCAUUCUAGGUUAGAGUUCAAUUGUGCAAGGAGCUGUACAAACACGAGGAAGACAUAGCCCCAAAGAGCUUAUAUUUGACUUUAAGAAGUAUUCUGUGCUUCUCUACUUGGAAUUAUUUCAGGACAUAUUUGUGUUAAAACACGGAUCUGUUUGUUGAAAUGUAUAGUGACC